AACUCACCGUCCCCGUCGCCGUUUCCUCUGUCGCGUCCACCCUCGACGACGACAUUCAUCAAGGCCUCUUAUUCACUGGUCACAGUCUAGCGUGCGUGCCCUCGGCAGACCGUCAACAUGUCCUGGCUCGGUACAUCCAAGAAGUCGAAAGAUGCCAAAGAUAACGGGGCUCAGUCCCGGUCCGUGACUCCCAUGCCCUCGUCUCGCCCGACCACGCCCAAACCGCCCAACGGAAAUGACCAGGGGCACUCCAACUUUCGCUCAGGCAUGCUGACUAUCCGAAUCUUCUCGGGCCGUGGACUGUCUCUCGCGCCCGGUGUGCAAGUGCCGGAGGUGAUUCAGAAAGCUCUGGAGAAUGCGCCCUCGCAGCGCAAGUCGACCAGCAAUCGCGAGAGCAUGCAGCGGAAGCGAUAUUGGUGGCUGCCUUAUGUCGUCCUUGAGUUCGACAAGAACGAAGUCUUGGUGGACGCCCUUGGGGGCGAUCUUCAAAAUCCUGUAUGGAAUUACAGGGCUGACUUCGACGUCUCACGUACAUCAAAUGUCUCGGUGUCCGCAUACCUCCGCACCGCCCAGUGCGUACAAGGACAAGAUGAUAUGGGCGACGACCUCCUCAUGGCACGCGUCGACCUGACGCCCGUCCUAGACGGCCACCACGCCUCCGACCAGUGGUACACAGCGACCGCGGGCUCGGGUUCCUUCCACCUGAAAAUCGACUUCCGCCCUAUUCGCAACGAGCCGCUGACAAUCGAGGCGUUCGACCUGCUCAAGGUGAUCGGCAAGGGCAGCUUCGGCAAGGUGAUGCAGGUCCGCAAGAAGGACACGCAGCGCAUCUACGCGCUCAAGACGAUCCGCAAGGCGCACAUCGCGAGCCGCCCGGGCGAGAUCACACACAUCCUCGCCGAGCGCACCGUCCUCGCGCUCGUGAACAACCCGUUCAUCGUGCCGCUCAAGUUUUCGUUCCAAACGCCAGAUAAGCUGUACUUGGUAAUGUCGUUUGUUAAUGGCGGAGAGCUUUUCUACCACCUACAAAGGGAAGGCAAGUUCGAUGAGGACAGGAGUCGCUUCUACGCGGCGGAGUUACUAUGUGCUCUAGAACACCUCCACGGAUUCAAUGUCGUUUAUCGUGAUCUCAAGCCCGAGAAUAUUCUGCUCGAUUACACUGGUCAUAUCGCGCUUUGCGAUUUCGGGCUGUGCAAGCUCAAUAUGUCCGAGACCGAGAAGACGAACACAUUCUGUGGAACACCAGAGUAUAUCGCACCCGAAUUACUGCUGAACCAAGGCUACACGAAGACCGUCGAUUGGUGGACGCUGGGCGUGCUCCUGUACGAGAUGAUGAGCGGCCUGCCUCCGUUCUACGACGAAAACGUCAACGUGAUGUAUGAGCGGAUCCUCAAUGACCCGCUGCAGUUCCCGCCCGACAUCUCCCGGGAGGCGAUGAGCAUCAUCACGGGUCUCCUCCAGCGUGACCCGACGAAGCGGCUGGGCGCGAACGGGGCUGAGGAAAUCAAGCGACACCCGUUUUUCUCGAGAUAUAUUGACUGGCAAAAGCUUCUGGCAAAGAAGAUCCAACCGCCGUUCAAGCCGAGCGUGGAGAGCGUGCUCGACGUGGCGAACUUUGACACCGAGUUCACCAACGAGGCGCCGCAGGACUCGGUCGUGGAGGGCGGGCACCUGUCGGAGACAGUGCAGGACCAGUUCAAGGGGUUCACGUACAACCCUGCGAACGAGCACCUCAGCGAGAGUGCGAGCUACCCGAGCAUCUGAGGACGUCCCAUCCCACUCCGAGAAGCUGCUUAUCCAUACCUAAAAUUCGUUUUCGUUCACGGACAUGCUGUUCCAUGCCCCUUGAGUGCUGAUGCUGCAUAUUGUCGGUGCAAUCAUGUAUACGUAGUUAUUCCCCGUCGUCGUCGUCAUUCUCUCCCUUUCCUCGCUUAAGUCCCAGUUAGAAAGUGUAUCCUUGGCUUCUUUCGUGUUCUGCCUGGAUUUGUUGCUGCUCUCGCUAUAUGAUAAUCCAUUACCUGUUCCUGGGUUGGUUGGUUGUACAUCGUCCUCGGUUCGAAUACGUCUACCUCGCUUAUUUAUCUGGACCAUACACUACCUA